UUUUUUUUUUAAUUCGUCGAGAAAAUCCCUUUUAAAUAUUUGUUUGGCAUUCUAGAAAAAGAAAAAGAAAAGAAAAUAAUUUUCCAUCUCAUAGCUCAGAAAUAUUCCCAUCUCUCGCUUUUGCCUCAGAGAUUUCCAUAAAUUGACCCAUAAAACGCCCAACGACCUCCCUCUCUCUCUCUCUCUCUCUAUGUUCAGAGUUUAAUAGGAGAGUAACGAUAGCUUUGAGCUAAAUUUUCCAGGAAAACUCCAUUUUUCUCUCUCGCUUUCUUUGGAAGAAUUUGAACGAGAAGAAGCUGCAGCAGAAGAAGAAGAAAAUGGGUUUCUUCUCCUUCCUUGGACGGGUCCUCUUCGCUUCGCUCUUCAUCCUCUCCGCUUGGCAAGCGUUCAAUGAAUUUGGUGACAAUGGGGGGCCGGCUGCAAAGGAGUUGGUUCCUAAAUUUAAUGUCUUCAACAAAAACCUCUCAUCCAAUCUAGGGGUUGCGUUACCAAAUAUUGAUCCUAGACAACUAGUGGCAACUGUUAUUACCUCAAAAGCGCUUGGAGGCAUCCUCUUUGUAUUUGGAAGCUCAUUCGGAGCUUAUAUCCUGCUUUUCUACUUGGCACUGGUUACUCCUAUUCUGUAUGAUUUCUACAGCUACAGUCCCGAGAAGGACGCAUUUGGUGUGCUUUUGAAUGAUUUCUUGCAGAAUGUGGCACUUUUUGGUGCACUACUUUUCUUCAUUGGGAUGAAGAACUCCAUUCCAAAAAGGCAAAUCAAGAAGAAGGCUCCAAAAUCCAAGACAAACUAGGUGCAGCAAAGAGGCAAUAGAUCAUUGGAUUGUUUUCAGGGGUGUUGCGAUUUUUAGGUUCGGAAGUGGCUGCUCCUGCAGCAGCAAAAUUACUGCUGGAUGUUGAUCACUCAUUUUCUACUUUUGUAAUGUUUUCUUUUUUAGGAUUUGUUAUUUUCUUACUCCCUGUUCUGGGAUCAGAUAUACGUUUUCUACAACCGGAUUAUUUAGAGAGAAGAAAAAGAGGAAUUUUUUCUUGAAUA